GUCCCGCGAGGCUUGACCUUCCAGGUGGACCUGCCGCCUGGCACAGCGUCCGCCCGGGGAUACUUUUUGGAGAACUUUGGGGAUCAUUUCGUGGUCCCGGAUCUGGGUCCGAUUGGCAUCUCCGGCGGUUUGGCGCACCCGCGCCACUUCCUGGCCCCCAAG